AUGGAAUCAGUAGCAAGUGAAUCAGCUCCGAAGCCAAAGAAAAUCACCGUCAAACUGAAGAACAUCGGAGAUGCGCCAGUUCUCAAGAACAAAAAGCUCGUGGUGAAAGCAUCCGACACAUUGGCAUCACUAACGAAAGUUCUUCGAAAAAUGCUGAAUCUCACCUUACACGACUCGCUCUUCCUAUACAUCGACACAACUUUUGCACCUUCUCUAGACUCAAAUUUCGAAGUGUUAGCACGAUGUUACGCAGUGAAGACCACUGGAGACGAGGUUGUAGAACUGCAGUACAGCACAACGCCGGCGUACGGAUAA